AUGUCGAUUCUACGACCAUACAAACCAAUUACAGUGAUCAAACAUUGUCUUAGUCCAACCUCUCUUAUCUUAGGAGCUAGAAGUUAUUCAACACAUAGUGAUGCCGAUAUCAGCUUGGCAAAAGAAUGGCUUCUGUCUUUCCAUCACGACUCUAUCCCAAAGAACGUCUUUGAGAUAUCAUAUAGUAGAUCGUCUGGUCCCGGAGGACAGAAAGUGAAUAAGACAUCCUCGAAAGCAACAAUUGCACUUCAGUCGUAUCAGUGGCUCAAUCCAAAAACUUGUCAAUGGAUACCAGAUGCCAUUCGGGCUCAAUUGUCGGAGAAUGGAUUCAGGUAUCAAACAAAGUCCGGCGGUAUUUUGAUACAAAGCGAUACUUUUAGAUGUAGGGAUGCCAACACAGAAGAGUGUUUCCGGCGACUUUUAGCAGAAAUCAAAAACCUGGUGGAGUUUGAGGGAGAGACAUCCCAGGAAGACAAAGAGAAAUGGGAAAAGCUAGCCAAGGUGAGAAAGGAAAGGCAGAUGGAGAACAAAAAACGCCAAAGCGAGAAACGAAAAAUGCGUAGUCAGAAGUUUGACUAUUAA